CAUAUUCGCAAAUUUUGUAUAACCUUAACAGAUCACCUAAAAUAUACAUGCUGUAAGAUAUCUUCCCCUCAAACUUUAGGUAAUCGUAAGUGAAGAAAACGCAGACGAAGUGAGCCAGCAAGUAUCAUCUGUUACUUCCAACAUCGAAGAUAUCACAUCAGAUGACGUCACGUUUGUGGCAGAGAUAACAUCAAACAUUGUGCAGCAAAAUCUUACUGGUGAAGAGGUAACAGAGUCAAUUGCCAAUAUUGCGAGCAAUAUAGCUGAGGUAGAAGCAGAGGUACUUGAAGCCGCUGAGGAAGAAGGUGGGGCAAUAAGUAAAUUUGUCCAGGCUUUUGAGGAACAAAUCAGUCGUGUUGAGGUUACCGAUGGUGGGAUGCUCAACAUUCAGCAGCCAAAUAUAGCCGUACAGGUCCAGAGUGUACCUGCUGAUGACGUAAGCCGUGGUCUUGUGCUUUCACUAGCUGGAUCGAGUCUUUCAGACCUGACCAAGUCCAAUAUUACUAUCAAUGCUCCGACCAAAGCUGACCGUGGUGAUGUCAUUGCUACCAGACCAGACAUCAUCGCUCAAGUCAGCAUUCCACCUUCAGUUUCAUCCGUCAUUUCGUCCACGGCCCCACUCUCAGGAUCGCCGUCGAAUGGAAGUGGUGAAUACGUCCGGGUCAACUUCAAUGUAUUUUCAACUCCAGCCCUGUUCAUUUCUAAAUCAUUGCGCACAAUCAGUGUAGACAAUGAAGGCUUCAAUCGAUCGGCUAACUCGCCCGUGAUUUCUCUCAGUAUUGGUCAAGGGAAGGUAGCAGCCUUGACCGAAUUCAUCAACUUCACCUUCACUACAAUAAAGUCUGGAUACGUGAAUCCCAAGUGUUCAUUCUGGGAUGAGAAGGAGGAAGAUUGGUCCGAGGAUGGGUGUGUUCUUGUUUCUGGAUUUGCAUCAUCUGAUGAGCGCUAUGACGAAGAGGGCGUUCGCUGUGCGUGUGAUCACCUUACCAACUUCGCUGUUAUAAUGGAUAUCCAUAGACAGGAGCCAUCAAUCAAAGCAUACAACAUUCUGACUUACAUCGGAUGCUCUAUUUCUAUCUUCAGUCUUCUUGUCACAUUGGCAACCUACCUGUGGAACAGGGAUUUGAGGACCAAACAGACUAACCAGAUCUUCAUCUGUCUGUGCCUGACCUUGCUGUGUCUCUACACGACAUUUGUCAUCAUGAUCUCUCUGGAUUCUCGUGAGGUCCAAGCUGGACCCUGUGGGUUCCUGACGGCCCUAGUUCAAUACUUCGUGUUGUCCUCCAUUGCAUGGAUGGGUGUGGAAGGGUACAACACCUACCUCAUCAUUGUGAAGAUCUUUAACACCUACAUUCAGAAUUUCAUGAUCAAGGCUUUCUUAGCUGCAUGGGGAAUUCCUGCUUUCAUCGUGGUUCUUACCGGAGCUAUUGCUAGAGACUCUUAUGCUCAUGAUGAUCUAUGCUUUCUACAAUUCUGGGCUCAAAUCGGUGGUCUCCUGAUUCCCAUGUCCAUCAUUCUCCUCAUCAACAUUGUCAUCUUCAUCCUGGUGGUUCGACAAUUGAUCCGGUCAGCCAACAUCGCUGGUCGGGUGAAAAGGGAGGCUAAGGAAGAACGCCGAGAGACUAUCGUACGCGUCCAGAACGCGAUCUGCAUCUUGCUUCUGCUCGGUCUGACCUGGGUCACCGGAUAUCUUCUUCUGAUCCCGUCAUUCAGUCAGGUGGCUCAGCCAAUCUUUGUCGUCCUAAACUCAUUCCAAGGAUUUUUCAUCUUUCUACUGUACUGCGUCCGGAAGCCUCACAUCCGUAAGAAAUGGGGGCUAACUUGUUUCGACAAGUUCCUAAAGAGAGAAGCAAGCACAUCCAGCGGUGUGGUUAGCUCGACGGCGCUAUCCUCGACAGCUGGCAUGAUAAGCAAAUUGCGCCCAGGAGCCAGGGGUAGUUACUUGUUGACUACCAAAGACGACAAUCCAGACCCUAUGUGUACCUUCAAUCCGACAUUUGAUGUUAGCCAAGUUGAAGAAGGGGUCACACCACCUAUAAAUAAAGAGAUCCAAAAUUCCACCGAUGCAACAAGCACUGAUGUCGUGACGGUAAGUCUCCCUCUUGAUGCAUCUGUCACAAAAGCCACUAAGAGAGGCGAUGACGUUUCCUCAUACACGAAUGCUGACACCCUCAGUGUUACUCUAGAUUCAACUGAUGUCAGGAACGUUACUGAGGGCACCGAUGAUGUUGCUACCACCAACAAUGAUGCUGUCGUCGGUCUUCCUGAGGAUGCUGCGGAUGGCACCAUCCACAAUGAAAGGAUUGAUGAUGAUGCUUCUUCAACAAGUGAUGCUGCUGUCAAUCUUCCAAUGGAUUCACCAAACUUCAGCAAAGAAAUUUAGAGCAAAGGCAUAGAUGCCAGUGGUACAACUGAUUUUGCAAACGGCCACGGGCACAGUAGAGGUUUUGACUAUAGAGAUGCGUUUAUUCUCACUGAUUAAACAAAAUCUUAUUCAUGUAAAUCACAAGAAGGUCUCGUUAAGAUAGAAUGAUCUUAUAUUGGCAUACUAGGCAGAGGAGGGGUGGGCUGGGCGUCAGCUGAACCUUCCCCGACCAUUUUGCACUUACCGAUAUUCCGUCACCACAUAUUCAGGAACUAGCUGUUCAAUUUGUUAUAUGUUAUCAUCUUUAUUGUAGUUCAAUGACGAAAUUAUAUAUCUACGUUAAUAUAUGGUAGCUUAUCAAAGUACUCGUGAUAUAAUAUGUUUUGCUGGAAUGAUACUGUGUGGUGUAUUCCUUAGAAAGAAGGUUUUUUUAUUUGUUGAAAAAUAUAUAAUAAGAUGAUGAUGGUGCGAUGAUUUUUGUUCAAUUCUUUUUAGUAAUUUUUAGUCAUAACAUGAUAAAUGUAUAUAUAGUGCAACAAAUUGAAGCUACCAAAUCGCUGUCCUCUUUUUUGAUAUUCAUGCAAAGGUUGUCAAAACUGUUUCCAUCGGGAAUCGAAUCGGGUCACUGGCUGUGACCGACAAUGCCUUAACCACUAAACCACAGAGACAGGCCAGUGGCUUCGGCAACACACAGAUUCACUUGACAGACAAAUUAACCAACCUCCUUCAUUUAUUAAUUCCUUCGUUGGGGGCAGACAAGUUUUGACUAGUAAAAUGCCGUGUGAUUUAGCUCGAUCAAAGUCAAUGUUGUAAACAGAUGUAAGGAAACACAAACGCUUUGGCAAAUCAUUUGGAAAAAUACAUAUUGUUGAAUAUGUAAAUAUGUGUUUGUAUCUUUUUGUAUAUAUAAAUACAUUGAAUUCAUUGAAUCAUGGCCUAAGAUUCAGUUUUACAAUUAACAAAUUUAAAUCCAUGUACAUAACAAAUAUUUUCCAAAGAAUGAUAUCGAUGGUUUAUAAGUAGGUACUUCUCUAUCCCUUCUUCCUUCAACUUUUAUUUUAUUCUUUCUUAUUUUUCGGUCCUUUAUAUCCUUUCUGCGAAAUCUUAAAUAUGUGUUGGGUACGUUGGUGUAUAUGUGCGUGCUUGUAUUAUGCAAAUAUUUUUACAUGUUAUUAAUUAUGUUCAUUUUCAUGUUCUUGUUUCUAAAAGGGCCCCGAUUACAAGCAAUAUCUUCCUUCCUAAUGAUCAUAACCAUUAUAUUGUAUAUUAUCUUUGUAAUUUUUGUUCAUGACGGUUGAAUAUAAAGACUUGAAUUGAAUGUAUAUGUAUAUACAGCGUCAUUAUACGGACAUAUGUAGUGAAAAAAUGGGUCUUUAAGUAGACAUGGUUAUUAGCAGGGCACGUUCGUGUCCAUGAUUGCACAAUAGAGCUACUGUCCUCUACGUUCGUUUGCAGGCAGAGGAAACUUAAAGGCCUCCCAAGAAACAAUAGGUUUAAUCAUAAGUCGUUAGUUUAAUAUUGUUUUGAAAUUUGGGUUAGGGUAAUGUACAAGUUUUAUGAUGUCCUGUUAAAUUAACCAAUUAGGGUGAUAUAUAGAUAAAUAGUCAGGUGAAGAAGAAAUAAUGAAAAAACGUAGGAGAUACAAAAUAUACUAAUUUGUGGCUCAAAACCUUUGUCAAAUAAUGAAAAACUAGUCCAAAACCAGCAUUCUUCAACACUUGAAAAAGGAGCCCAGCACUAGAAAUAUGUUUAAUCUCUAUGCAGUGGAUCGGUUGGUGCCUGAUAAAUGCAGUUCUUGAAGUUACCUUGUUGCUCCAUGAUAAACUUGUCUGUAUACAUUCAUGUGCUUCUUAAUUUCAAGUAUCGUAGUCGAAAUUGAAAUCACCAUAUUUUACUCAGAAAAUGUACUUUAUUCUAGAUUAUUUUGGUUACAUACGUACCGAUUUUGUUAAAGCAUUAACUUUAUUGUUCAGGGUGUCCCUGAAAAAGGAGACUCAAGUUUAUCGUUAAAUUACUCAAUAAUCUUGAAUAGUUUUUGGUUAAUGUGCACAAAACAGGAAAACUAAUAAGUAAAUGAAAAAAUCACCAUCAUACAGUGGUCAAAGUUUUAUUGUCUCGAAGCCUUAUACAUAAUAACUUACACGAAUUAAGGAAGAAAUCUCGUGUAAUAAACAUCACAGGAACGUACACAUAGAAAUAAAAAUGCAAGACAAAAACACAAAUUGUCAUAUGGCGGAAUUAAUAAUUACAAGACAAAUACCUUUUUAGUUUACUGUGUCAACCAUAAAUCUUUAGGCUAGCCUUUAAUUAUUCGAAUGAAAGAUGAGGAUAUCAAGCUUUAUAUGAGUUUCGUUUUGUAUUCCCGAAUCAUCCGUCUUUUCAAAACAACUAUCAUUGACUUUUUUUCUGACAUCGCCACUUCAGACCUUCCGAAAUCAGCCACAUGUGAUUUAAUGAUCAUAGUUGUAUUGUCAUAUGAUAGAAAGUGAUUUAAGAUUUUAAGUGAUGUAUAUAUAUAUAUAUAUAUAUAUAUAUAAGUGGGAACAAAUGGGAUAAAUGAGUAAUUUACGAUUAUAAACCUUUUUUUUCAUUGACACUCUGUAUUGUAGCUCGUUUCAAUGUUGGAUUGCAUUGUUAAUUUCUAAUACAGCUGAUACGAAGCUUUAACCUUAAGAAAAUUACUGUAUAUAUCAUUUGUAUAAUCGUGCGCAACAAGAAAUUUGUAAAAGCAAGCUUUUUAAUAAAGUAAAUGGUGGCAUGGGUA